AGCAAGAGUGACUUCCCUUGCAGAUUAGUAAUGUUUUCGAUUUCUGAAAUAUUUCGCAGAUUUCUGAUCCAAAGAACGAUACAAAUUUGAAAAAGAAUGAUUUCACCAUUAACAUGAAAGGUUGUGGUGUACAGUCACUUCUCCAAUUUAAGACUGUUGACCUGUUACGUUCUUUGAAUACUAAAGUGGGAUUCGAUCUCCGAAGUAAUGUUCAUUGUUGCCGAUUCUUCUUGCAUCAUUUUCACUCAUGUCGAUGGAUAUACCACUCAGCUCCGCACCUGUCAACACUACAGUUAAAGACCAAAAUGGAAAGGUACCAUUGAGUCCAGGUUUGAUCGCUCUGAUAACAAUCACAUCAACAUUUGUGUUCUUUAUGACAAUCAUGUUGAUUGUUUGUAUCGGCGAGUACUGUCAAUACAUGAAGAGGAAGAAGAGUAAGCGACAAGUUCAUGAAAGAAAACCAAGGCAUAAUCAGAACAGAUCAACUGAUGGUGAAAUAUGUUCUGGGACAAGCAUUAGCCAAUCAGAAAACACUUCCACUGCAGUUCAUAAUAAUCCGCAUUCCAGUCCAACGAAAAUGGAGCUGAAACAUGCCUCAGCAUACACCAAUGCUUUUGAAAAUGCUCAAAAGAAUAGCAUUAAAGUUGAAUCCAGAAAGGACCAAAUAAACAACGAUAAAAAGAAUCGAAGAGAUAAAAGAGAGGUGGAUGGUUUGGGUGUUAAAAAUGAUAAACAAGAAUUGACAGCAUUAGUUUCGAGAUCAGUUACCAGUGAUCGUUUUUGUGACAGUGAAAGUAGUGUGCGCUCGAGUAUAGACAUUGACUGUGAUAUUAAAUGUGCCACAGUAAACGGUACUAAUCGAGAAAGUGUACGGUUGGAUUCACAGUCGUACGAUGACUUAGAGGCUGACGGGGAAAUUCUCUGCGAUAGCGUCGACUCAAAAGAAGGGUACCCAGGAUUUCAGUUGGAGGCUGAUGUUUAGUGUUAACAGUUCCUCUGUUGCUCAAAUGUUUUGCAUCCAUUUUGUUUAUUUCAUAACUGUUAAUCUGCAAUGGUUUAAAUUCUUAUUCAUUCAAGUUUAAUUUUGUCUUUGGAUUGAAAGAGUUGAUUGAAAUUCUAUAUGGUUACUGGCGUAAUACUAUGCUGUAUAAUGCUUUUAUAAACUCCAUAUAUGCACUGUCUUAACUGUUACCUUGUUAGCUACCAGAAUGUUGGUGUUUUGUGUUAUUGUGAUUUGUUUAAAAGAAAGGGAUUGCCUUGAAACUUGCUUUCAUUGUCCUGCUUUUGUUUUGAAAAUACUGCUGUUGGACCAAUGUGACGAUAUUCACCAUAUUUCAUCGCUUUUUUAUUAGAAUCGGUCUUUGUCCGGCAUUAGGUUGUAAAUAAUUGCUUGAAAUACAUCUUUCUUGAAACCAUCAGGCCAAAUUCAAUGAGACUUCCUACAAAUACAGCAACAUCAUUUUAGUAUCAAGGGAAUAGAUAAUAUAUUUUAUGAAUUUAGUUCUUCAUUAAUUUUAACAUUGCAUCUAGAUCACCAAAGAAAAGUUUCUGUGCACUUCAAUGAUAAAAUAUUUAGUAUACAUGCAUUCAAAAGACAUUUUUUUUGAUAAUACGGAAACAAAUAUAUUUGUUUUUGUUAAUACACUUUAUUGUAAUGAGGAAAUAAAUGGGGAAACAAUUUAAUUAUAAUGAUUACACAUUAUGAGGAAAUAACCUGGAUUCAUUGUUCGAAUGACAUUGCAAAACAAACAAUGAAGCAUUAUGUAAGUUUUUGAAACUUUUCUUUGACGUUGCUCGCCUGGUGUAACCUCCAGGUGUUCAGGGAACAGUUGAUAUUUAAAAUCAAUAUUUUCAAUUAAAAAUAUACAAAUUAUAAUUCAAUUAGAUUACGGUAUGCAUUUUUUAAAACACACCAUCUAUCACAAAGUCAUGUCUGAUUUUGUCACAUCACUGAUUUUAUUUGUGAAGCAUUUACAUGUAGCUCCAAAAGUGUUGCACCUAUACUCCUGAAACCUUGUAGGAAUGUUGGUCUCCAUGGGCAAUUAUGCACCUGCGAUUUGUGUGGCAUUUCACUUGGUAUAAUAAUAGUUAUGGCCUUUGAAUUGUAAAUAAUGGUAUAGAAAAUAGACAAAUGUUUUUCAAUUUUAUUGCUUAUGUUAAUAAUUCCAAAACACAACUUUGAACCAUUCCUGUGCAAAGAUGCUGUUUGGGGGGUAUUUAUCAUUGUGUGAUAGCUGUUGCUGUAUAGUGUGUAUUAUGACUUUUAUUUUAGCAUCAGUUGAAAUCUUAUUUGAGAACAUUAUUUAUCAAUGUAUUAUGAAAUGAAAAUGGUGCCGGUUUCAUACAAAAUCCUUUAAAAACAACUUUUGUAUAUUUCUUUGAAACACACACAAACAUACAUGUAUGUAUUUGUACAUGAAUGUAGUUAUAGACCCGGUGAAUUGUUUGAAGAAUCGUACAUGAAUGCAUGUACAUGUACCGUGAUGCACAAUCUUAUACAUAAACAUGCAUUAAGUACUCAUGUGACAGUGUUAGUAUUGCCUUGAACUUUUACUGUUCGUUUUUUGGUAUUUUGUCUUUGGUAUUUAGAAUUUUACCUAUGUAAAGAUAUACCAGAUAGAAGGCACAGUUUCAUUCCUCCCGGUCGAAGGUUUAUUUUACAAAACUUAAGCUAAUUGUGAUAGCAUUUAAAUAAAUUGUCAUUUUGUAUUAAAGGUAAGCCAUCCAUCAUAAAUACAAAAAAUUGAUCCUGGUAAAGUUUCAUUUUAAGAUCACAAUAUGUUCAGUUUGAAUAUUUUUAAAGUUUUUACUGACAGCUUUUCUUUUUUAUAAAGACGUUAUGUUAUUUAAGAAAAGAAUUAAUAAAAUUGUUAUUUAAUCAUAGUAUAAUUUUGUUUAUUUACCUGCCUUAGAUAUAUCAUAUCAUUAUAGUAGCAUCAUUAUGGUGUGUUUCAAAAAUGAGGUAAUAUAAUUAAUCUUUAUAAAUUUAACAUAGAAAUAAUCUUGGUGUUAAUAUUUAUUAUAAAUGCACAAACACAUCUCUGCAUCCUAAUGAUGGGUGGCUUACCUUAAAGCACUUAUCUUAUAUCUCAUGAUUACCAUGACAACUUUUAGUUUUGAACCGAUUUCUUCAAGUAAACCAAGUCCCAUAAUUAUUUGCAUGUACAUGUAAUUUAUAAGUUAAAGACCUUAUCUGCUGAUUUUGCAUACAUGGUUUUCUUUGUUUGACCUGUACAUUCAGUUGCUUAUUAUUAUACCUCGCUCUGUCCACAAUGGUCCAUUACCCGAUAAAGAGAUAUUUUGACUGUCAGAAACAUUUGCAACAUUUUUGACAUGUGACCCAGCGAAAAUUCACUGUCAAGUCAAGUGACCACAAUAACAUUUUGAAUGUCAUAUAAGUGCAAAUAACUGCUUAAACUUGUUUUAUUAAAUGAAUUAAAAACAUUAUAAAACUUUUUUAUGUACUAAUUUUGUUCGGUAUAAUAUAUAAAUAUCAUAUGGCAGCAUGUGUGACAUUGAUAUUGUCAACCCUCGAAACAGAAUGUCACCCACAGCUUAACGCCUCAGUGACAUUCUGCUCCCUAUUGACAAUAUCCAAUGUCACACAUGCUGCCAUAGAUAUUAUAUGUUAUAUAUAUAUUAAGUCUAUAUCUACAUGUUCUAUAACAUUGAUAGGAGAAUUUCCAUGACUUUAUUGUGAUUUGUGAAGUGCUAUAAAUAUUCUUUUAAUACAAAUGUACAUGUAUUUAUAAUUACCAUGACCAUAUGAAGUGUUCAGUGUUAAGUGGUAAAGGUUGUUUUUUUGUAUUGAUUGUCAAUAAUUAUUAUGUUGUCUUCCAAAAUGUUCUUUCAUACCUGUGGAAAAUUGUAUUAAAGGUAGGUGUAUUAAAGGCUUCCAAGUAAUAUACUCAAGAACAUUUUACUUGUUUUAAUAUUGCAUUUUAAGCUCAUCUGUUCAUUGGAGAAAAAAACUUGGAAUAGAAAUGGCAUGGCCUUGAUGCCAUGUAGUUAUUUUCCUUGUAGUGUAAACACUUUAACCCAUGGGCGGAUUGACGUUAGAGGGGGCGUAACUUAGGUACACAACCUUUUGACAUUCGUUCCUCCCUCAGAACGGAAUAUUAAGUGGUCUAAAGUGUUGGCAAGGGUUUUUGGGGUACACCUCUACAGUAUUUUAACCAAUUUCUUGUCUGGAAUGUUGCAUUUUGAGCAUGUUUAAUUAUUUCUCUGACAUUGACAUAAAAAUUGAAUUGUAUGAUAUCAUUGAAUUAAAGGUGUAUCUUAUAGUUUUGUUAUAGGUAAAUAAAUGUGAGUUAGCUUCCAUUUAUUAUUGCUUGAACCCUUGGAAGAAGUCCCUGAUUACAAGUUAAUUCAUUGCAAUGUGUAAACAAUGUUGUGUUCAUGAAAUACAUGAUACUAGCAUACUUAUUUAUUAUCCCCCGCCUAUGAAAUAGGGAGGGGGAUAUUGAAAUGGCGUUGUCCGUCUGUCCGUCCGUCCGUCCGUCCGUCCGUCCUUCCUUCCUUCCGUCCGUCCGUCCGUCCGUCACCUGCGUUUUCUCAGUAACUUGCCGGUAUAAUUUCAUGAAACUUAAAAUAAAUAUGAACCACUAUACUGGAAUGAUGCCCGUCCAAAAAAAAAUUUGAUUGGUCAAUUGUCCUUGGAGUUAUUGCCCUUGAUUUUUUGAAAAAUGCACAUUCACAGCCAUUUCUCAGUCACUAGCUGGCAGAAUUUCAUGAACUUUUAAAUAAAUAUGAAUUACUAUACUGGGAUGCUGCCUGUUCAUUUUUUUUGGAUUGGUCAAUUGUACUUGGAGUUAUUGCCCUUGAUUUUUUGAAAAACUCUCAUUUACAGCCAUUUCUCAGUAACUAGUUGGUAGAAAUUCUUGAAACUUGAAAUAUAUAUGAACCAACAUACUGCGAUGAUGCCUGUUUAUUUAUAUUUUGGAUUGUGUAAUUUCUAUAUGAGUUAUUUGCUCUUGAUUUAUUAAAAGCUCCAUGUUUGCAGGCUUUUCUAUGCAACUAGCUGGUAGAAUUUCAUGACACUUGGAAUAAAUAAGAACCAACAUACUGUGAUGAUGCCUGUCUAUUUUUCUUUUGGAUUGGUCAAUUUUUUAUUGCCCUUGAUUUAUUAAAAAAUCAUUGUUUGCAGCCGUUUCUCAGUAAAACCAAUAUGCUUAUCUUAUUCUUUCUGAGAUUUUUUUUAACCUUCAAGCACAAACAAGCCAUCGUUGGCGGGGGAUAUCUUUUCACUGAAAAUGCUUGUUGGCACACAUCCAUUCAAAUACUUUAACAUGUGAAAAAUAGUAUUUUACACAGCUGUGCCUUUUUUCAGCUGAUUUUAAAAUUAAGAUUACUUUUAAAAUAAAUGGAUACAUUUUGGUUGUAUGUAUAUAAUAUCUGUUAUUCUGUUGACAUUGCACCAGUAUAAUAUCUGUUAUUCUGUUGACAUGGCACCAGUAUUUUCUUCAAAGAAAUGGGGUGUGUGUUUUCCUAUACCUGUAUUAUAUCAGUCCCUUUUGUAGUGUAUAAGUGUUUUUGAACUGUGAUAUCCAUUUUUUAUUUUGUUUACUUUUAUUUUCAGAUUUUAUAUUCUGGUGUAUGCUUGCAUGGAUACAAUGUUCUUUAAAAUACAUAUUUUUAGAAAUGGCUUGGAAAUGUAUCAUAACUUUUAUUUCAACUAUUUUAAACAAACAUCUAGGAUUGAUUUUUAGCCAGCUCUUUAAACAUAUAUGCAGUUUUGCUUUUAUAUAUACGAGAUGUCAAUGUAUGAGGAAUUGUUGUAUGUUGUAUAUAUAUACAUAUAUAUAAUCAUGAAGGAGUCGUCAUUUACUACACAACUUUAUUUUUUUAACGACUUCAGGAAAUAGUCUAUUAAGCAAGCCUUUGGUGAGGUUACUAACAUGUCUCCUGGUGGUAGAGUUGAAUUAAUUUGCGUAUUAUAUAUGACGACAAGAGUCAGAUUCAUUUUAUCACAUGCUUGAACAGUAAAUAAUAGCAAAACCUGUUUCACCUGCUCAAUUGAUGACCCGAAUACCACAAAGCAAUGCCGUUUCCCGCGCUACAUGCAUUGCAUAACUGUGGUUCCCGGAAUAUUUUAAAACCACAGAUACAACCGAUAGAUAUAAUUAUGUUAAGAAGAAUGCAGACUAAGAUGAUAUCCAAUAAGAAUUACAAGCAUUAUACUGUUAACUAGUGACGUCAUAUCCGGUAAGAUGAUGUCAUAAUUUGUUAUAUGUUCGAUCAUGACAUCCUUUCGGGUUUUAAAAUAUUAUAGAUCGAACGUCUUUAAAAAUGUGUUUCAUGAAAUCAACACAACAUAUUAUGCUUUCCUUUUAAGAUUUGGAUUGAAAAUGUACUUCUGUAUUCAAAAAAUCGUCAUCAUCAAUACAGAAAUAACAAAUAAAGUUAUGACUGGCUUGAAUAUUGCCAAUUAAGCAAUUAUCUUUGCCUAUUAGUAUGCUUUUCAAAUAUGUGGAGUGAAUUUUUUUUUUACCAAUAGACAAAGAGCAAUGUUAUAUUACACAUGUGUAAUAGAGAAUAAUACGUGAUGGCAAUAUAACGUGAUAAAUGUUUAUUAAUGUUUUUGUGAAUAAGUUUUGGCUGAAAAAUGUAAUCCUAUUCUGCAUAUUGAAUAAAAUGGCAAAUGACAGUUCA